CGUUGCCAUGCGUAAGCAAUGCGAUGCUUUGUUUGCUUGCAAAGGCUCGUGUGAAAGGGUGGUAACCGAUGGAGGGAGAACGAUGAUGGCGGCCUGCUUGUAGCGUUCAAGGAGGAUAAAAGUUGCGAGCUUUGCGUGUUUCUCUCCUGUGUUUCUGCUUAAUUUAGGCAGGCUGUUUUCCUCCUUUGUACGAACUGUUCCUAGGAAGUAAUGAAGUUACCUCCUUUAUUUGCCGCCUUCAUUCUGUGAGUCCUAACAUGCGUUCUUUCGUGCUACUGGUGCCGUAUUUUCGUGUUGCGGUUAGGCUUUGAUGGAAUCUUCAAGUGCUUUGGUUUCGUAAUUCAGGUGGCCAGUAUUUCAGAAGCAUAGGGAGUGGGAAAUCUGGAUCUUGAUCUCUUGAAACCGAGAGGGCCACAGUUUUGUCUGUUGAUGUUUUAGAGUCAAGUACUCUAAUUUUUGCAGUUCUGAUGGAGACGAAGGGUGUGAGUGACCAGGAUGCUUUGAUUGACCUGGAGAGUGGAAAUUGCGUUGUGGUAAGUGAUCAUAACAAUGGAGUGGAUGCUAGUUUUACAGUUGGGCAAGCAAGAACAGUGCCUAAUGGUGCGUGGAAUGGUUGUGUGGUUGCCAACGUAUGUCUGAAGGAUGACAAGAAUCAGAACAUGGAUUGCUCCCCUCCUACUUCAGAUGUUGUUGCUAAAAACGGUGACGACAGGAAGUCUGAAGGGGAGGACAAGCUGGGCCUUUUGGAUAAUUCCGGAGGCGAUAAGGCAAAGAAGAAGCGGUCCAAAAAGCCACCGCGACCACCAAGGCCGCCAACACUUACACCAUUGGAUGUUUCCGACCAGAAGCUCCUCAAUGAGCUGAAUGAGCUUGCAGUAUUGAAACGGGCCAGGAUUGAGCGAAUGAAGGCUUUGAAGAAGAUGAAGAAUGGCAAACAAGGGUCCUCAAGUAGCAAUUUAUGCCCGCUGAUAAUUACCAUUAUCUUCUGCAUCGUCAUACUCUGGCAAGGUUUUUUCUCGAGACAAGGGUCGGCCGUAAGCUUCCACGGAUCACCCGAAUCAUCAAUCAGAGCACAUAGCAGUCUGAUCUCCAUUAGGUUCUACAAGAAGAACCAUUCCAAUGUUCGACCACCCAGGUUGACCACUGCAGCUCCCAAUAAUGCGGAAACUGUUUCGAGGCCGGCGAUUCAUAACGAAGUGAGAAGGGUGGCUUGAUGAACAUGGUGGACACAUGCACCCCCACUUGCCAUUUUGAAGCUUCAUCUUGACCCAGGUUAUGUAAAUUACGACACCGUUAGUGCACUCCUCGAGGCGCCUUGCUGUAAAUUAGUGUGUGCUCCUGGGUCGUACGCUAAUCAGUGGACCUGUUGGCUGCUGUGCCUCUGGUCACGGCACUUAGUGAAGAGAGCAAGCAAGCUGUGUCUUGAUUACAAUAAUAAAUGUUUGCGCGUAAUAAUCAAAGCUGAUCUAAUUCA